AUGGCAGAAGGGAUUCCUCCCUGCAGGGCAGAUCUAGCCAAAUACAUCUCAACUCACCUGGAGCUGAGAGGUCUCUCACCUAUAGGAAAGACAGGCACAACUCCCCUCAAGCGGAUAAGACCUUUACUCAAAGGCGAGACAGACAUGGCCGUCUAUAUGGAGAAAGAGCAUCCUACAACAGGACACAAACAAGAAGACAGGAUGAGCGAAAUCCUCUAA